GCCUCGCCUACGAUCUCUUCUUUGGUAUUUUUCAACUUUACGCACGAUAAAAACGACUGCAACAUGUUUGCUAAGUAUCUCGAAAAGCUCGCCAAUGCUGGCGGACCUGAGGCCACCUACGAGGCAGGCUGUCACUGUGGCUAUAUCGGCCUCUCAGUAGCACUCUCUCCUCCUCUGCCCAAGCAUGAGGUCAUAAACUGCAAUUGUUCCAUUUGCCGUCGAGGAGGUUACCUUCUUGUUUACCCAGCGUAUGAGAAAGUGACCUGGCACAACGACUCAGACAAGCGUGUCUCACGAUAUCAAUUCAACACAAAGGCUCGCGAUCACAUGUUCUGCCCCAAAUGCGGUGCCAGCAUCGGUAUCGAUUUUGCGAGGGUAUGGCCUGAGGCUCCUCGCUAUGGCAUCAGUGUGCGGCAGUUCAACAAUAUCGAUCUCGACUCACUUCAAUACAUGAAGCUCGAUGGCUUACAUAACGCUGAACCAGCAGUUGAUUUAUCGGGUAAAGAGAUUGAUCCAAGGGCAGGCGAAGCCCCUGCUUCUAGUUCUUAAUCAGAGAAGCUGUCAGUUGGAGUCGGCGUUAGUGUCCCAAGCUUGGCCAAGCCAUUUACGCAAGCUUUUGGUGGUGGGGUUGGGGAUGAUCAUGCCAUGGAUGUUGAUGCUUGAGAAUUCCCUGUCUGGCUGAACUCUUGUAUCUUGAUCAGCGAUCAGCAGUCUUGGCAUGCAUGAAACAAGAUGAUCUGAUGAGUUAUCACGAUAUUGUGCCUAUAAUUAUCUUUCAAUUAUC